AUGUCAACAAAGUGUGUCUAUAGAGUUUUAAAGAAGGUUCUUGAACGAUUAAUUAUUAAAUUUUAUUCAAACAUUUAUUACAUUGAAUCUAAAAACAAGAUUAUUGAAAUUGGUAAGUCAAAAAUAGGUAAAAGAAAAUACAAUAAAGGCCAUCCAUCCGAUAGAAGGUGUAUGGAUUUGCAGACUUGUUGA